AAAUGUCUCCUUGCCUACUCGAAACGUGCAAACUUUAGCUAUACAUCUGGCUUACGCAUUUAUAUGCUCUGAUCCAUCUCCUUAACCCUCCACACCUUUUCACACCACUUCCAAGUACCCUUUCUUUGAUUUACAUCUACAGGGAAAAUUAUGAACCAGAGACAAGCAAUAAGGCCUCAAGCAGCCGACCAGGCUGUCGACUACGGCGAUGUUUUCGGUGUCACCGGUGCUACGCCUUCAUUUCCAACUCCAACGGGUGCGGUUGAUGAAAGUGGCAUCACCAUUGGAGAAGCUUUGGAGGCAACAGCUAUCUCUGUUGGCGACAAACCGGUUGACCAAGGUGAUGCAGCUGCAAUACGAGCAGCUGAGGCCAGAGCUGCUGGUGGUAACGUCACCCAACGUAGCGGCCUUGGCGCCAAAGCUCAAGCUGCUGUCAAUUUCAAUGACCGUGUGGCUUAUGAUUACAAUAAAAUCACUAUAUCAGAUGUUUUGUCGGAUGCUAGUGGGAAGCUGCCUCACGAUAAAGCCGUGACAAGCGAAGAUGCUGAUGGCGUGAGAGGUGCGGAGCUGAGUAACAGUACCGAAGCAAUGCCCACACCAGGAGGAGUGGCGGAUACCAUGGCCACAGCUGCUAGGGUAAAUCGGGAUGAUAAGCCAUGAACAACUUCAUUUCUGUAGCCAAUGUUAUGGUUCUAGUAAAGCAGUUUUAUGGUAGAAAUUAAAUCUUCAUGCUUUGUUGCAUAUAUAAUGGAUGAUUCGUGGCUGGCCAUUUACGAGAAAAAAAAUGUAGUAAAUAAAUUACGGUUACUAACAGCAGUAAAUUAGUAUGUUGACUAUGGGAGCAAAACAAUACAAUUAGUUUUGUUGUAGUAGCUUGAAUUGAAAAUCCAUGUAUAGUUUCCAACUUUCCAUACUACAUGCCCCACCUUUCUCGGUUGCUAGCACUUUGGCCUGAUUAAGUUAGGCAAGACGGUGGAUUGCUUGAAAUUUAUUUUACUCUAUAUAUUCGGAUCUCUAAAUUAAUAAACUGAGAUUUACAUAGUUGUACAA